UAGACUUUUUAUAUACCUCACAGAAUGUACUUUAAUGUAAUUAAGUGAAAAGUUUAAUCUGGUGUUUUACACACAGGAAUGAAAAUGAACAGACUGCUUGUUGUGAGUUUGGGACUCCUGUGUAUCCUACAAGCUGCUCUCAACAUUUCCCUGCGUCUCACUCUCUUUUCAGAGCAAACCUCCCUGACUAAAGAGAGAGACGAGUUGAAGAGAAUCAUCUUUGAUCUGGAGGCCAGUAGCAAAAACCUGACUGAGGAGAGAGAUGAGCUGAAGAGAACUGUGAAGGAUGUUUCAGAGCAAAACUCCCUGACUGAAGAGCGAGACGAGUUGAAGAGAAUCAACCUUGAUCUGGAGGCCAGCGGCAAAAACCUGACUGAGGAGAGAGAUGACCUGAAGAGAACUGUGAAGGACUAUGUUUCAGAGCAAAACUCCCUGACUGAAGAGCGAGACAAGUUGAAGAGAAUCAACCUUGAUCUGGAGGCCAGUAGCAAAAACCUGACUGAGGAGAGAGAUGAGCUGAAGAGAACUGUGAAGGACUAUGUUUCAGAGCAAAACUCCCUGACUGAAGAACGAGACGAGUUGAAGAGAAUCAACCUUGAUAUGGUGGCAACUAACAAAAACCUGUCUGAGGAAAGAGACGAUCUGGGGAGGACUCUGAGAGCCGGGGGAUGGAAGUACUUCAGCGGUAGUCUCUAUACCAUUUCUCCUAUCCAGAAAAACUGGCAAGCGAGUAGGGAUGACUGUCUUCAAAAAGGAGCAGAUCUGGUGAUUGUCAACAGCAGAGAAGAACAGGAAUACAUAACACGUUUUCUGAAGCAGGUGUGGAUUGGACUCACUGAUCGAGAGACAGAGGGCAGAUGGAAGUGGGUCGAUGGGACCCCGCUGACCACAAGAUAA